GCCGAGCGCGGCUGGUGGAAGCCGGUGGGGCAGAGCCGCGAUGUUCCGUAUCGAGGGCCUCGCGCCGAAGCUGGACCCCGAGGAGAUGAAACGGAAGAUGCGCGAGGAUGUGAUCUCCUCCAUACGGAACUUCCUCAUCUAUGUAGCCCUGCUGCGAGUCACUCCUUUUAUCUUAAAGAAGUUGGACAGCAUAUAAAGAUUGGACAAUACAUGUGAAUGCAUGAUAUGAAGAACCUGGUUACAGUUUCUACUCUGCAAAUGAAUAGGCCCAGAAAGAUGUAAGAGACUCUGCUUGAAUGGACAUAAAAUUUCUACUUGUUAAGAACAAGUUUGGUUGUGGUAACUGACCUUCGUAGCUAAAACAGAAAACUACUUGGGAAACAUGGAAACACGUUUCUUGUGCCUGUGAUACUCAGCCUCCAUGAAUGUUGGUAUAAUUGUAAAUAAUGUCAAACUCCAUUUUCUAGCAAUUAUUAAUUAUAUAAGGGAAUUAUGUCUGCAGUGGCCCUGUCUUGUCAGUCAUUUCUAGUGACCUUUUUACUCUGUCAGGAGUAUACUGAAGAGCUCCUUAUGACUAGUUAUGUUUUAUGGAAGCCAGCACACAUCCACAACAACAUUUAAGCACAGGACCGUUAGUCUAUAUUUUUAAUAAAUGUACCAAUUAAGAAAAAAAAAA